AGAAGUGGAGAGUUUGAGCGGGGCGCGUGAGUAGAACUCACAAUCUUCACCUUAUCUGCCAAGCUGAGCAGCGAGCAAUGGCCUCCCUUUCAUGGUGGCCAGCAACCCCCUCCGCCGCCGUUUCCACCGCCACCAAGGCGGUUUAUCUUCCUCCGCCGCCUUCGAAAGCCACAAACUGGGCGAGUUUCCGCGGAAAGGAGCACGAGAAGCUCGUAGCUAAAGCCAGGGGCGGUUUGAUCAACUCGCCGCGCGAUUCGCCGAGGAAGAUGAACGGAAAUAGUGUCCGGUGCCAAGCGGCGGCCGAGCAGAAGAUGACGCACGAGGGCUCGAUAACGGAGUCGCUCUCCAACGGCAUGUUCAGGGUCCGAUUGGAUAACGAUGACGUCAUUCUAGGUUACAUUUCCGGCAAGAUCCGGAAGAAUUUCAUCCGGCUGUUGCCCGGAGACCGAGUCAGAGUCGAAGUCAGCCGUUACGACUCGAGCCGAGGACGGAUUAUCUUCCGGCUCCGCGGCAAGGACCCUAAUUCAUAGUUCCGGGUCACGGGUUUGCGGUUCGUAUCUCCUUCCACAAAUUGAUAAUGUUCAAAACAAUGUAAACUUUUGGUAUAACAAGUAAUUAUUACUUAUUCAUUGCAAUUUUUGAUUUUAUCUGUUGAAGCAAAAUUUCGUUUUUAAG